AUGAUUGUCCUGAUCUACAUGUCAUUUACAGGUUUAGACCUGCAGGAUAAAGAUGAAGAGUCUGAGGCGGAGAGCAAGUACACCGACUGGUUCCAAUGCGCACGGUGGCUUCUUAUUCUGGCGACGGUCUUUCUGGUUGUAGGUGUGGGCUUCUUUGGGUCCGCAGCAUUUACAGCCACGAUCAUGAAGUUUCCCGUUGCCAGAGAGUACGAGCUCUGUGAGGGAUCUCUGGAGUGGUACCAGACACCUUUCAGUCACGACAGGGAUACUGGGAACGUCAUCUGGAUUGGGUCCAUGGUCUUGACGUUUCUUGUGCUGAGCUUUGCACACUUCAGGCAGCUUCGGAUGUCCGAGAGCCCCGAGUACAGGCACCAGAUCACCCAGGAACUGAGUGAGAGCGCAUUGCGUGCGUGA